GUAGGCCUGCAAACUAGUUGCUAUUGGAAAGACCUCCACGAUACUGUCUUUAUCAAGGAAGACGAACCUUCAGUGCAGUGACCAAACCAUCUACCUGCAAUAGCUGAGUGAAUAGAACCCUUGUAAAAGACUGAUUGAUGUGGCUUUAGAAAGAAAGCAAAGAGUGUGACAGGACUCUUGAUAGUUUCCUUAUUUUGAUCUCUUCAGCUAACCAUGGGUCGGAAAAAGAUUCAGAUUUCUCGCAUCACAGAUGAAAGAAAUAGACAGGUUACAUUUACAAAGAGGAAAUUCGGAUUGAUGAAAAAAGCUUAUGAACUGAGCGUUUUGUGUGACUGUGAAAUAGCACUUAUCAUCUUCAAUAGUACCAAUAAAUUGUUCCAGUAUGCUUCCACAGAUAUGGAUAAAGUACUUCUGAAGUACACGGAGUACAAUGAGCCUCAUGAAAGCAGGACUAAUAGUGAUAUUGUAGAGGCUUUAAGUAAAAAAGAACACAAAAAUUCAACCAAUGGUUGUGAUAGUCCUGAGCCUGAUCAAGAAUAUGCUUUAACACCAAGGACUGAGUCCAAGUACAAUAAGAUAAAUGAAGAAUUUGAAAUGAUGAUGCAAAGAAAUGUUCAACUGAACGGAAAUCGAGGACAGCCAUCUCUAAGUCAGACAUUAGGCCCAAUGUCAGUAACACCACUGAAUAGCAGCUUUUUAAACCCAAGUGCAGAAAGUCUAAUGGGAUCUUCUCAAAUUCCUCCUCACAGCAACAUAAGUCCUAGACCUGGAUCUUCAGGUCUUCUUGACAUUAAUGGCGUCACUGCUAAUGGUUAUCAUCGUUCAAUUUCACCAUCACUUCCCGGAAACAGCUCUCCAAUAAUGAUGAAUAAACAAGUAAACAAACAGCAUUCACCACCAGGAAACAGAUCCAAUUUACGUGUUGUUAUUCCUAAUUCUCAUGCCAAUUCUACAAUGAAUGCACGGCCGACAAAUAACUCUAUGGGGAAUCAAGUUGGAAACGUAAGCACACCAUCUAUACCAAGCAUGGCUUAUCCGUCCAAUCUUACAUCGUCUUUCCCUCCAAGUCGUUGUUAUUUUCCAGAUGACUUUCAGCUUGGUUCAGAUUUGGGAUUAUCAGGGUUCAACUCUCCCAGUUUAUUGCAAAAUUGGUCUCAAGGCCCUUUAUCUGGAGUUCAAGGGCUCUCACAUUCAAGCCCUAGCUCUACUAUUAGCAGCUUACCUCAUCUUUCAGUUAGUAGUGCAACACCGCCCCCAUCAUCAUCUCCUCUUCCAAUCAAAAUCAAAAGUGAACCAAUAUCUCCUCCUCGUGAUAAUUCAACUCUUAGUCUUCACCGGCCACCUUCAGUUCAAGGUCAUUUGUCACCAGGCCAUUCACUUGCUCCUUCAACAUCUUCUUCACCAGAUCCUAAUAUGGACUAUGAUCCUCACAUCAGCAAGAGGCCACGACUCACUGCAGAUGGAUGGGCGACGUAGUACAGGACGCAAAUAAAUGUGAAUAAUCAUUCUGUGUAUUUUGGUGAUGAACUGCGAAGGCAUUUGGUGCAAGCAUGAGCAUCAUCUUCAUAAACUUAUAUAUUAUAAAUAUUUUUAAGAGAAAAAGACUCUGGUGCAUUAAGUGUUUGCAUUGAUAGUAAAUGUAAAUGAAGAAAUAUAUACAUUUAGUUAUAAAACAUUUUUUGGUCACGAAGAGAUCCAUCAUCAAAUCAAAAUAACAUCAAAUACUGAAGUGGUAUAGAUAUUUUACCCAUGAAUGCUUCUUUAAAGCUACAUUGUUUAUGAUAGAGAUGUGAGAUUCCUGGACUAAAGAUAUGAUAUCCUGGUUCAGCAAAUAGUUCCUCUAUUCUCCAGAUCAUAUCAUGGAAAAGUGUGGAAGAAAUGGAACUAAGAAUUCUAUCUGGCCUAUUCUUUGUAAUUACGAUCUUGUGCACAGCAGAUUCAUUGUUAACUGUUUCAUAGUGAUAUUGCCAUCAACAUAAUGUAGAAUAACAUUCAUAUCAUAAAAUUGACAAUGUGAAGUGAUCUUAAUGAUUGUUGUUGGCAACCCAAAUGUUUUAUAUGUUGUUAGUUUGCAAUGACAUCUGAUUGUUUUACUAGACUUGACUCAGAUAUAUGGAGAGAAUCUAUUUUCAUUAGCGACAUUCCCCUGUGGUUGCCUUUGGUGAGUAUGUAUAAAACAAAUUUAUCAUGAAAAGUAUUUGUAAUAGUAGAAGCUAGUGUGGAAACAUGUCAAAAGCUUUUGUUUCUAGUACUUAAGCAUUUUUUAGCAUUUUCGUCGUAAUGAUGUAGUGCCUAACAGUGAUCUGGUCUAGUGUUACUGUGGAGAGAGAGAUCUCAAUGAAGAUUGCUUUCACUUUUCUGACAGCACUCCAUAUUUUGUGUACCAAGGCUGCUUGUAUUAGUCAAAAUUUUUCGUAUGAUAUAUGUGCUAUUUAAAACGUGAAGUGCUCUGGUAGUAUUUAAUCAUUGAAUCAUUCCCCUAAUAUGCUUGCUAUUGAGAAUUUUGUGAAAACCUAUUGUAAUUUCCUUUUGUGGAAUGUUGCUUGUUUUGUGGCCAGUAGAGGUUUAUAUAUCUAGUUUCUUUAAAGAAAGCAGUUGAAUAAUAUUGUGUUUUUGUAUUAGAGGCAUUAUUCUCAAAUACUAAAAAAUACAUGGAGGAGCCAGCUUCUUAGCCUAUGAAGUAAAGCAUCACUUAUUUAGACAUAUUUAUAUUUCAUAACCUCAUAGAAUUAAUAAUUGCUAGUUAUAGCAUAGAAAAACUAGAAUUUAAUACGUAUAGUUGUUCUAAGAAAAGGUUUUAGGCUACAGACAGGAAAGACAUUUAGGGGUCGAAUGUAUACUUUUAUUUUAUCCUGAGAGCGAAUCCAGAUUUGACGACUGUCCAAGUUUCUUGCUAUAGAUGUGACAAUCAUGACUGUUGACUACUGUGAAUCUGAAACACUUUGCCUUCCUUGCCUGCUCACUGGCCCAACAGUGUUAGAUAUUCAUGCACUAAGCCUUGAUACAUGAAAGGAGAUAUCUGAUAAAUCAGUGCCUAUGUCUUUUGCACAAGUAGUUAAUAUAUACAUAGAGAUUUUUCGAUUGGUUCAGAUGUAUUAUAUAUAUACAAACUUUGGUGGAAACAAUACUGGUUUUGUUUUAAGCCAUUAGAAAUAAACUAAUGAUUACUCUAUAAAUAUAUUAAACAUAUUUAGUCAAUGACAUGCAGCUUAUGGUAUGUUAAACAAUACAUUGGGAAGUAUAGAAAAUUUUCAAAUGAUAAAUUUCCUUGAUCAUAACUGAAAAAUAUUAGAAUCACAGUGUUUUAAUUUGUUUGUGAAAUAAUUUUUCCUACAUGUGAUAUAGUGAUGAAAAAAUCGAAAAACGCCUGCAUAUAAAUUCAAAAGAUGGAAAAAAUUUUAUAGAUUUGGAGCAUUUUUUAGCAUUGUAAAACAAGGUCUAUUCCUUUCGAAAUAAAUGUUUUAAAUAUUUUAGAUGAGAAUGAAAUAUUCUUCUAAAAAUAUCAAAAGUUUAAUAAAAUACUAUUUCAAAAUACUAAAAAAAAUUAAUUUAAUAAGAGUGAAAUCAAUCUUCGAUUUUUGCACUGAAUGGUCCGAGAUAGGCUUAGAGCAUUAAAUUACAAGUACUAAAAAUGCGCCAAGUAACCAUGUAAUUUGAUGCUAAAAUAAAUACUACCAUUAUUACCAUACCUAAACUAGAGAAAAAAUAAGUAAUUGGAUUAAUACAAUGAUAAAAACAAUGGCUUGCAAACCGAAAAUUAUUUUAAGUUGUACCUAAUAAGUUUUAAAAAUCAAAUUGUAUGUAAUAAAUUACAAAGAAAAGAAAACACAACAUAAGUAGUAAAACCAGAGAUCAGAGGCGUUUAUUACCAAGUUCUGAAACAUAACUUUCGUAAAAUGUAUAAAACUUGUGGUAUAAAAUGCAGAUUUUAAGCAUGUGGACGACUGCUGGAACUUCAAAAUUGUUAUAAAAGUCUGUGAAAAAAGCAAUAGUUAAGAAGUGGUCUGAGAAAUAAAUAAAAAGGCAAGUGUGAAGUUUCAAAAAUGAUAAUAUGCUAUGUAGAAACUAAAUAAAUGCUUUUUAUCAAUAAAUAAUUAUAAGAUAUCAAUAAAUGUGCUAUUAGCUGAAGUAAAGUAAAAUUAUUGGUACAAUUCAAAAUGAAAAACAUGAAGUUAUAUAUUGCUGGAUCAAUGUGUAGUACAUAAGAGAACUAUAUACGGCUUAUAUACUCAUAAGUCUAUGAAAAUAUCUAUAUUAAAUGGAACCAACAGUUGAAAUAUAUAUAUGUGGAUGUAUACACCUACGUAUAUAUAGUGCAUAAAUACUUUCAAAACUUCUGUUUUUAUGUGUUUGUCGCAUAUGAAUCUCAUCACACAUUGAUUUUGUAAUAUAUAAUUUCUUGUUUCAUUUUUGUCUCUUUUUAAUUAUUACAAUGAGGUGUAUGCGUAUAAAUUCCUUUAUUUUCUAAUAAGAAGAUGUAAUUUUAUUUACAAAGUGCUAAUAGCAGAGCCAUAUAAAAAACUGCAGAACUUGUAGGAAUCUAUCAUUCUUUUUAGUUCAGAUAAAAGAUAUUUCUAAAACAAUAUUUUAUUAGAAUUUCUUUUUGUUUUCAUAUAAAAUGAAAUUUAGAUAGUCAUACCUUUUCUAAAAUAUUAUUGCAUAGAAAUGCAUCCAGUUUAAUAAGCAUUUUUUUUUAAAGAGGGUUAUAAUUUGUGUCUAUUUUUCUUUUAUUUUAAACCAGAGCAUAUAAGAUGUAUCAAGUUGCUAAAUUGUCAAGCAACUGAAAACCCUGAAUUUUUCAUGCUUUCUUGAAAUAUAUAAUAUAUUUUAUAUAAGAAUUCAACUCUAAAAUUUUAAAAACCACCAUUUUAUGAUUUUCACUUGAAAUUUUUUAAGAAGAAGCCAGCUCUUAUUUUUUCCCUUUCUAACAUUCAUUUAUAGGAACAUAUAGCUUGAACGUUGUUAAAUACAGCAUGCCUUAAAGAACUCUGAAAAAUAUUAUUUUGCUUAAAGAAUUUUAACUACAUGUGUGGUAGAUUUUUAGGACUUAAUGUAACUUUCUGAAUAUGAUUUUGAUUUUGAAACUAUUAUAUUUCCUUCCCCAUUUCACUGAAUUUUAUUUGUUAAUAAAUGCAUUUCAUAGCUUUUAAGUUGCAAUGCAAUAUAAUUAAUGAAGCAUAAGAAAUGUAAUUUUUUAUUGUCGUUUUCUUUAAUAUAUAUUAGUCAAACACAUACACUUUACUAACAGAUAUUAUUAAACAGUUUCCUCGAAUGUUUACAUUAAGUUACUUUAAAAAAUAAUUUGAAGAGAUUUAUUUAAGAAUAAACCAGAUGUUUGGCUAAAAUGGAAAACAAGCUUAAUUAAUUCAUUAAAUCAAUGAAUGUCCUUAUAUGUGUUUAAAAUUUAUUAUGCUGCUCUUCCAUGUGUACAUCUUUCAGAAUUACAUUAUAUAAUCUUUAGCAUAUAGAAUAAGAUUAGUAAUUUUAUAAAAAUUCUAGGAAUAUCUUUCUCAGAAUCAUUAAAAAUGCAUAUCUGACUGUCUUUAGUACAAUUCUAUUUCAAAUGACAUAUCAAAAAUCGAUAACUUUUAUAAGGGUCAAUAUUUUUUCACUUUUGAAAAAACAGUACAAAAUAUAAGAAAUAUUUUUUUAUAAAAGUCAUUUAAAUGCUAAUUUAUCUUUUUCAUUCAAAUUGUAUCAUUAAAGCAAUAUAAAAAAUUAAUAUGGAAUGCAUUGUAAAUGAACAUUUUUAGUUUCUUCAUUAUCUAAGAAAUUAUUUCUCAUCCUUUUAAGAAGUAUAAUUUCAGAAAUAUAUGAAUAGCAAUUUAUGUGCCAUAUCCCAAGUUACAGUUUAUAAAAUAUGAACAGAAACAUAGUGCAAUAUUUGUUUCUAAAACACAGCAAAUUAAAGACUUAAAUUAUGAAUGUAAGUAAAUUAUGCAUUGUACAUAAAAUUUUUAAAUCUGUACUGCCUGCAUUUAAGAAGUGUUGUAAUAUACAGAUUUCCCUAAAAUUAUUUAAAAUGAAAAAUUUAAUAAAUAUUUAUUGUUGAAAAUUUUUUAUUUUUACAGCAAUGUUGAAAAUUAUGUGAAAUUACUAAAAUACUCUUCCUGCCUUAGAGUAUUAGAUGUAUAGUUUUUGUUGCUAAUGAAAAUAAUAUGUGGCUACUUGAACUUUUGUUUAAAGAAUUUCUUUGAAAAAAAGUGUGUAUUUAUGUAUUUGUCUUUGUGUAUUUUUCUUAGGCCCAAUCUUGUUAUAUUUCUGUGCAGUCAAGGAAAUAAAUAAAUAGUAAGAAAUUCAAAA